GCAAUCGUUUCCAGACAGAGCACCAAUCACACAUCGGAAGCUCUACCAGCAGGAAUAGUUAUUUCGUCAUUUUUGAAUUCUCAUCUACAAGCAUCAUGCUACGAAAGGUCUUUGCUGUUGUCUCGGUACUCCUGGUAGUAAGUGCAGCCAAGGUGACAAAACUGGUGCUGGACGACCACUACGUCAACCGAGUGGUUGGAGGAGAGGUAGCGAAGAACGGCUCGGCCCCGUACCAGGUAUCGCUGCAGGUUCCCGGCUGGGGUCACAACUGUGGAGGAUCACUGCUAAACAAUCGAUGGGUACUAACGGCAGCACACUGUCUGGUCGGCUAUGAGCCCAGUGAUUUGAUGGUACUCGUCGGCACAAACAGUCUCAAGGAGGGAGGCGAACUGCUGAAGGUUGACAAGCUGCUGUACCACAGCCGUUACAAUCGUCCCCAGUUUCACAAUGACAUCGGAUUGAUGCGGCUGGAGCAACCGGUACAGUUCUCGGAGCUUGUGCAGAGUGUAGAGUACCUGGAGAAGGCGGUCCCGGUCAAUGCGACGGUGCGAUUGACGGGUUGGGGUCGUACCAGCACUAAUGGGAAUGUUCCCACGCUACUCCAGAGCCUGAAUGUUGUAACGCUGUCGAACGAAGACUGCAAGGCAAAGAUGGGCAAUCCGGAGAAUGUCGACUUGGGGCAUGUUUGCACACUGACCAAGGCUGGCGAGGGAGCGUGCAAUGGUGAUUCCGGUGGCCCACUGGUGUACGAGGGAAAGCUGGUCGGUGUGGUGAACUUUGGCGUUCCGUGCGGUCGCGGAUUCCCGGAUGGGUUCGCACGUGUCUCCUACUACCAUGAGUGGGUUCGCACAACGAUGGCUAACAACUCGUAAUGGGAUGUGGCUGAAUCUAUUAGAAUUCGUGCACUAAAGAUGAAUAAACAAGUCAUUUGUUCGAGGGUUAGAACCUAAAAAUGGA